UGGCUACAGCAAAGACUCAAAGAGGAUAGCACAUCCAUUCUGCAUUUGUUACUUCUAUAUAUUUCUCAUAUUUCUCUUUCUGCUCCAAUCAAUUUCAAACUCAUGGCUGAAACACUCGUUAAUCUACUCCUGGAGCGUUUGGCUUCGGUCACCAUUAACAAAAUCGGAAGAGAGCUGAAGCUGGUGACAGGUGUUGAUGAUGAAGUCGCAAAUCUGUCCCGCAAUUUGAAACUUAUCAGAGCUGUGCUUCAGGAUGCAGAGGAGAGACAUGUCCUGGAGGCCAGCAUGGGCGAAGUGACGGGGGCCAGCGUGGGAGAUUGGCUGAAUGAACUGAACCAAGUUUCUCAUGAGAUGGACGACGUGUUGGAUGAGUGGUGCACAGAAAUUCUUAAGCAGCAAUUACUGGAUGAACAAGAAGGUGUGAACCCAACGGAGGCUUUGGAGAUUCCAAAGGAUUCAAACAAAGGGGGAAUUAUCAAAACUGCUCGUACUAAGGAGAAGGUACUUCUCCCCUUUCCUUCUUGCUUUUCUUGCUGUCGAGUCAAACAAGUAGUUCAUCGUCCGGUCUAUAUACUCCAUCAAGUAGUUCAUCAUCCAGUCAAUACAAUCAAUCGAGUAGUUGAUCGUCGCGACAUUGCGGUCAAAAUACAAAGCCUGAACGAAAGGUUAACUCAGAUUGCUAAUGAAAGACAACUUUAUAACUUUCAAGAGGCAAAAAAAGCACCUAAACCACCUCGACGACAACAAACUUCUUCUCUUGUUAAUGACAAUUCCUUUGGUCGAGAAAAAGAAAUUGACCUUUUAGUAGUCAAGUUGCUAGAUGAGAGUAGUAGCCAUAAGAGGAGGGUUCCUCUUAUCAUCCCUAUAAUAGGGUUGGGAGGGAUAGGGAAAACAACUGUUUGUCAACGAGUCUGUAAUGAUGACAAGGUGAAAGCCCAUUUUGAGAAGAGGAUAUGGGUCUGUGUCUCAGACCCUUUUGAAGUGAUUCAGAUUGCUAAAGCCAUCAUAGAAAGGCUUGAUAAUGUGAGCAAUACUCCAAACUCAAAUCAGUUAGACCCUUUAAUGGUACGCAUAGAAGAAUUAAUCAAGGGAAAAAAAUUUCUCCUCGUGCUAGAUGAUGUGUGGAACCCAAAAUAUAGUCAAUGGGAAGAAUUAAUCAAACCCUUGCUUAAGGGUGCCACAGGCAGUAAAAUAUUGGUAACCACACGAAAAGAGGAGGUUGCUCAUGUAAUGGGAGCGACCAAUCAAAUGAUUCACUUGAAGGCAUUAAGUGAAGAGUGCACUCGGUUGCUGUUCAAUCACAUUACCUUCCUUGAUAGGGAAGAUGAGUUUGAAAAGUUUGAAAUGUUUGUCCAAGAGUUUGUAAAGAAGUGUAAAGGUUUACCUCUUGUUGCGAAGACUUUAGGUUGUCUCAUGCGCCGUAAGAAAACAAAAAAAGAAUGGCAAGAUGCAUUAAAAAGUCCCAUAUGGGAAUUAAAAAGCUUUCCGGAGGAGGUUUUUCAACCAUUAUUGUUAAGUUAUUAUGAUUUGCCUCCAACCAUAAGACGUUGUCUUUUGUAUUGUGUUACUUUUCCGAAAGAUCAUUUGAUUGAUAAAAAUGUUUUGAUUGAGUUGUGGAUGUCACAAAAUUAUUUAUACAAGAAGCUAAAGAAAAAAGAAGAGGUUGGUCAAACAUAUUUUGAGGACUUAGUAACGAGGUCUUUCUUCCAAGAUUUUAUGAAAGAUGAUGAUGGGAAUGUUACACAUUGCAAAAUGCAUGAUAUUAUGCAUGACCUUUUACAGUACUUGACCCUGGAAGAAUGUUUUAGUAUGGAGGUGAAGGUUGCUGAUGAGAUGAUGGAGCUUUCCAACAAUAACAAUUUUCGUCACUUCACCCUGAUGUGUGCAUCUCAGGGUAUAUUUAGCAUCCUUUCUUCUCAAAAUUGUGGAAAUUUGCGUACCUUCACUACUUUUACUUCAACAAUUUAUAGUAUUGAGCCAGAGUUUAUAACUUCACAAUUGAAACGUGUUAGGGCUUUAAAUUUGAGUGAUACCUCCCUCGUAGUAGUUCCAAAAGAGGUUGGUGAAUUGCUACACUUGAGGUAUCUUGAUCUAUCACAUAAUUUGUUUACGGAAUUACCGGACAAAAUAGGUGAUUUGUACAAUCUACAAACCUUGCGGCUUGUUCGGUGCUAUUAUCUCGUAAAAUUGCCUGAUAUGAGGAAGUUAAUCAAUUUGAAGCAUCUUUACGUAAAGCGUUGUUGGCAUCUAAAUUCAAAAGGUAUUAGUAGAUUGAAAUGGCUGGAAACACUAGAUGAGUUUCACGUGAACAACGAUAUCAGAGAAGGAUUGCGGUUGGAGGAUCUGGAAAACUUGGACAAGCUUCAAGGGGCUCUUUCCAUGCUACACUCGGGAUCCUCAUUGCAAACUCUGGGUGGGGCCCUGAGAGCACGGUUGAAUAAGAAACGCCUCCGUCACUUGGAACUUAAUUUCGACUGGUACGGAGCACCGACGCUCGAAAACGAAGGAGCGAUACUGAAUGCUUUAAAACCACAUCCAGAUUUGGAAUCAUUAAGCAUCCUUCACUGUUAUGGGGCUACCUCGACUCCCACUUGGCUCAUGUCUUUACCAAACUUGAAGUGGCUUAUUCUUUCCAUCAGGCAAAUUGAGGUUUUACCUGCUUUGGGGACACUGUCGUUCCUUGAAUCGCUGGAUAUAAGUUUCAACGGUAAACUGCAAAAGGUGGGUGUUGAGUUUCUGGGGAUAGAUCGAAUAUCAUCAUCAUUGUCAUCGGAGGUUAUUUCAUUCCCAAAGUUAAAACACCUCACGUUCUGUGACGUCUAUCAAUGGGAAGAGUGGGAAGGAGUGGAUUCCCAGAAUAUUAGGAUAAUGCCAUGCCUUUCAUCCUUAGAAGUGAGGGGAUGCGAAAAACUAAAAGCUUUGCCGGAGUUCCUAUGGAAGACACCACUGAAGAGUUUGACCAUUGUGGAUAGUCCAAUUCUGCGUUCUGUGUACUAUGGAGGCAACAAUAUUCGGUGGACCACUUAUGGUGAGGAGCCAGCCCCGACAAAUGAGGGGUUUAACAAGAUCUCUCACAUCCCAAACAUCACAAUUGGCUAUGAACGUGACCGUAGAAUGAGGAGCUAGCUAGCUUCUGCCAAUCUCAUCCACUCCAAUAUUCUGGCAUCUAUGGAUUUACUAAAGAGGCAAAGUCAAGUGCCGACGCAAUGGCAAGGCACGCCGCACCCCAAUUUGUAGUAGUCUUCCAUUCAGCAAAAUUCUUGUAUUGAAACUGAAAAGACUUCCACCUCCUCUGUAGAAGUUGUGUGGGUGGAAAACCCUUCUGGACAGCUUUCAUUUACAAUAUCAUAUACUAACAUCCAUGGCUAUAUAAUGUGGGAUGCAUACCUGUUAUCUUAAGCAUGAGAGUCUCUCUCUUUCCCAAUCAUUUAAGACUUGUUCCAUCGAGGAGUGCAAAGAAUGAAAAUGGAAUGUCAGUUUCAUGAGCGACGAAUUUUGCUGAUUGGUAUUGAUAUCAUGUAUCCUCAGCCAUUGAACUCAACCCCCUAGCAACUAUACCAUCUACAUUGUUGGAUUUAUUUCAUCAAAACAAAGGUUGAAAGCACACCUUUUUGCGGGAUUGGGGAGGUCAAACCCUGACUCCCUAAGACCAAAUGCCCUCAGCCUCAGGAUACCAAAUCACAACAUGCUACAAGUACAGCUCAAAUUGAAGCGUAAAGCAUUUCAAAUGGCAUUGGAAUUUUCAAGCUGCUGAGAGAUGCUACUCUGGUAGGCUACAUACUCUGUAAUAACUGGUCUAUCAUUCAGUCCCUGCGAAAUCUUCUGUCAACGUUAAAAUUUACUGCAGGAUCAAUGAUCUAAUGCUUCUUCUGAUGCUGGACACCAGCUCCCUAUCCAGUGGAGAUGUCUUGACUCUGUUGACUCUAUUUCUUCAAGAUUUGGAAUGGCUUGCAAGCAAACUCUUAUGUGGAGGGAAUAGGGAGGUCAGGUCUUUUUAGUUCUGAUGAUUGGAGUCCACUGACAAGAUGAUCCCCAACUCUCAGGUGAAGUCAUCAUAAGAUCAUUCAAUUAUAGUCCGGCUAGAGAAAUUGAAGCAUCUGCAAAACAAC